CAUUUUGAACUGGAGUUGUCUCAAAGACCAAACUGACGAAGGUUACAGACAGUGACAAGGCAUCAACCAUGAAGUCUGUUACAGUUGCAUACGUCCUCUUUGUGAUGCUGUCUUGUUUGACAAUAGCAUAUUCUUAUGUUCUGAGGGAAUUGGCAAAAAAUUUGACAAAUACCAAUGAUAAUGUUGCGGCAAUGAAAAUGGUAAAAUCUGAGAAUGAUGACAGAAAUGCCAGGAAUGCCAAUUUGACUGGUUCGUUAUCAAUACGGCAGGGUCCUUGUAAAGUCCUGGUCAAUAUGAUUACCUGUCGCCUCAUUGUCGGAGACAACGAAUUUCGAACCCUCACAUUCUUGCGGAACGAUCGGUUUUUCAACGUUAUCCACAUAAAUGGCAAAUUAUUGGCACGAAAAAAAGGAAAUAUGAAGAGAGAGGAAUCACAGAACAAGGCAAUUCGGUUCCAAAUAGCCAAAACAGUUGACAACAAGGCGAAGCUAAAUCACUGUUUCAGAAUGACGGGAGAAGAUUUGAAAGAUACUGUAAUCGAAAUGGGUUGCUUCCAUCUUACAUUCAAAAGAAAUGCGUUACUGAAAAAUAUUAAGAGAAUGGACAAAGAUAAUAUAAUUAUUGAGACGUAUGAUGCUAUUGAUGAUUCUGAAGGCAAAGGAAGAUCUGAUUCUAGUAGAUAUGGAGGUGAUGAUGUUGAAAGGAAUGUAAGAUCUGAUCAUGGUUAUUAUGGAAGUGAUGAUGUUGAAACGAAAGGAAAAUCUGAUUCUAAAAAAAUAUUGUAA